AUGGAAAUUGGUUCGCAAAUUUCAACAAUUAGUGGUUGGGGAUCUGCUUAUCGAGUUGAAUUUAUUUAUCUUUCAAGGAGAGUUAAGGUUAUUGACAAUAAUGCUUUUCGUUCUGAUUAUCAAUUAAAUGCAAUUGAAUUUGAAGAAGGAAGUGAACUUAUUUCCAUUGGAUCUAAUGCAUUUCAGAGAACAAAUAUUGUGGAUUUCAAUUUUCCUCCCGGUUGUACAAAAAUAUCAUCAUAUAUAUUCAAUCAAGUUUCUAGUUUAAAAACAAUUUAUAUCCCUGCUUCUUUGGUCAAUAUAAAUAUAAAUGCAUUCGCAGGUGCACCAAAUAUAGAGUUGAUUGAAAUCGAUCAAGAGAAUCCAGAAUAUGAUGUUAUAUAUCCAGCAACACUUAUGUUGAAGAAUGGAACUAGUUUCAUAUACAUGUCUCCAUCAACAACAUCAUUCACGAUACCUUAUUCUGUUGUCAACUUCGGGAAGACUAUUUUCCAAACAUGUACUCAACUGACGAGUAUCAAUGUUGAUUCAUCGAGUUCAUACUAUGACUGCGAUAGUGGCAUUGUUUACUCUAAAGGAUUCAAAACUGCAAUUGCGUGCAUUGGAGGCAUAACAUCUGUUGCUCUGAAUCAUCUUCGUACUUCGAUUGGAGAUUUUUGUUUCAACAACUGCACUAAACUCAAAAAUGUUGAAUUAAACGAAGGAUUAUUAUAUAUAGGAUCUCUUUCCUUUUAUUCAAUUAAUUUCACAUCAAUCAGAAUUCCAUCAUCUGUGAUAUCUCUUGGAUCUUACUGUUUUUAUUAUUCAAAUUUACAAUAUAUUGAAUUUGAUGGAGAUGGUCCAAAAAUCAUAUAUGAUUAUUUUUUUUCAAGUAGUCUUAUUAAAGAAAUUAAUUUUGGAAAGAAUUUACAAGAAAUUGGCUAUGUAGCGUUUUAUUCAUGCAAUUGGCUUGAACGAGUUACUUUUCAUUCUAAAUGUGAUAAUAGAUUCAGUGGAAUUCGAGUAUUUAAUUUGUGUGUUAAAUUGAACAAUUUUGAGCUACCAAAAACAGUUAAAAAAAUCACGGACAGAAGUUUCUCAGGAACAUCUUCGUUAACAAACUUUUCGAUAGCAGAAGGGUCAAUGUUGAAUUAUAUUGAUGAAUUAGCUUUUGAAAAUUCGGCUCUUGAGUCGAUUUCAUUUCCAUCAUCAUUAGAAUUCAUUGGGGUGAAUGCAUUCAAAGGCUGUUGGAAAUUAAAAACAGUAAAUUUUUCUGAAGGUGUCAAUUUGAAAGUGUUAGGAGGAGGAAUAUUCAAGUCUUGCACAUCUUUGCCUAAUAUAGAGAUUCCUGCAUCUGUCACAACAUUCGAUCCUUCGUCUGUUGGUUACUGCACAUCGCUGACUUCGAUCAACGUCUCAUCUGAGAACAAGAACUAUUCUAGCAACGAUGGCAUCGUGUACACAAUAAACAAGGAUAAGCUUGUCUGCUGCCCAGGCGGUAAAACGUCUGCGUUUAUAUACAAGAACAUAAUCAUCAUCGGUUCUAACGCUUUCUGGGGAUGUUCUAAGUUGAAAGAUCUUACAUUCGAGUAUGGUUGCAAACUUAGGAUAAUCGAAGAUGGUACAUUCUACUCGUGCACAUCUCUAUUCCGCGUCGACCUCCCGACUUCACUCGAGACUGUCCAGCAGAGCGCUUUUGCAGGAUGCACGGAGCUCGUGAUCAUCACAUUCCCAGACUUCGCGAUGGCAGAAUUGGACUCUGAGUCUAUAUUCGCUGACUGCACAUCGCUGACGACAUUCUCUUUCGGGAGAUUCUGCGCGCUGAACGCACUCGGAGAAAACAUAUUCUCGAACUGCGUGAAGUUAUCGACAAUCAACAUACCUGCAAACUGCACAACGAUAAGAGCAAACGCGUUUAAGAACUGCGUCUCUCUGACAAACAUAUCUUUCGAGUCUAACUCGAAGAUGUCUAGUAUCAGUGAUUCUGCGUUUUCAGGAUGCACAUCAUUGACUAAUUACACUGUCCCUGACUCGUUCGUCAGUAUAACAUCUUCAUGCUUCGGAGGAGCGACUUCGAUAACGACUGUCAACAUAAGACAGAAUCUCUCAAUCAUCUCGAUCGGGAGCAACGCGUUCGCAUCAUUCAGACUUAAGUAUUUCAACAUCGGUGGAGGUACAACGAUAUCUCGAAUCGAUUCUUAUGCAUUUGCAGAUAAGCAGAUAGAGACAUUCUCCCUCGAUUGCGAUGUCUACUUAUCAUCUUACGAAUUCAAGAACUGCGUGAAUCUGAAGUCAGUAGGAAUUCGUCGCAUCAAGCGAGAUGUCGAUUCAACAUCGAAGAAACUGAUGUCGACAUCAUCAUCGAGUCGAGAGUACUACACAAUCCCAGAAGGUCUUUUCUCAGGAUGCAAAUCUCUCGAGAGCGUAAGAAUAAACAUGAACAUCGAAACUAUAUCAGAUUACGCGUUCAUGAACUGCGUCAAGCUCUCGUUCACGAUCCCUCCGUCUGUCGUAUACAUCGGCGAUAAGUCAUUCAUGAACUGCAGCAUGGUCAAGAAUGUCCCAGAUAUGGUGCAGCACAUAGGAAACCUCUCAUUCUACGGUUCUGAUGUCGAUCAUGUCCUUAUUGUAAGCUCAGAAGCAACAUACAUUGGAUCUUCUGCUUUCACUAAGACCGCUGUAAGCAUGAUAUACUACUGCGGAACGAGAGACUUCUCUGAUUUCUCUCCGUCGUUCGAAUCCAGAGCUAAAGCGAUCGUUUCUGAAUCUUAUCCAUCGAGCCUCCUUUGUGGGGCAGCUGCAUUUUAUGUCCCACUUAAUUUAUGUAAUGAUAUGAUUAGAAUUAAAACAGGUAAAGAUAAACUCCCAAAGCCAAUUGGAAAACACCAUAUAUAA